AUGCUUGCCAAGGCGCUCAAUCAUAUACGACAAAAACGUAUAAUAAUCAUCGCGGCUAAAUCUGACCUUAAGUCGAAACGCGAUCAGUACCUAACGCAGCUUUUCCAAUUGUGUGAAGCAGAAAAAAUGCUUAACGUGGUUGUAAUCCCUGUGGAUUUUCCACAGACCAAUGUUUUUUACAGCUAUACAAUUUUUCCGAAAUUUCAUUUAGAAGAGAAAACGCUCGGUUCCGGUGGUGUAGAGGUUUUUCCGCGUCGCUUGAAAAAUCUACAUGGUUAUGGCAUACGCUCAAUGCCCGAUCAGAUCCUACCGCACUCAUUUGCUUACGAGCUGGAUGGACGUGUACAAGUGGGAGGUUAUAUAGUGAAAAUUGUGCAAACAUUCGCAACAAGCAUAAAUGCAACACUGUUCUAUCCGUUACCAAUAAAGUUAAAAAAUUACGAUCCAGUGGGUGUGCACAGAAUGUCACACGAUAAUGUUAUCGAUAUACCCAUUUCUAACAAGUAUUUGUUGGGAAUGCGAGAUUUAAAUGAGGGGUCGAGCCCUUUUGAAAUUAGCGAUGUUUGUCUCAUGACACCAAUAAGAUGGUGUCGCACAAUACAAAGUUUUUACGAAGUAUACACGGAUGAAACACACUUUCAAAUGAUUAUAGUCUUCACUAUUAUGAUAUUGACCUUGUGCUAUUGCUGUCGAUGGUUGCAAUACAAGCUAGAUGGCAGACCUUACCAUGCAACCGUACUGUCGGCAUUCACUGAUCCAAAUUAUCUUGCUUGUCGUUUUGAGUUGAGCAAACCUGCUAGAUUACCACGUUUGCAAAUCUAA